AUGAGGGCUGCUUCUGCUGCCAAGCAGCAUGCUAACAACAGCUCACAUGACACAGCCAGGCUCUUCCAGCCAGUGGCCAAACGCCACGGAGGUGCCUGGGGGAACUCCUACUUUGCCACAGGACCUGCUGCCCUGACACAUCCUGUCACAGACCCAGGCAUACAGUGGGGUGCUUCCUUUUUUUCUUGGUGCAGUUUCCUCCACUUGGCGAUCAUUCACGAGGAAAAGGCCCUGAGCCUGGAGGUGAUCCGGCAGGCCGGUGGGGACGGCGCCUUCCUGAAUUUCCAGAACAACCUCAGCCAGACUCCACUCCACCUGGCGGUGAUCACAGACCAACCUGAAAUCGCCGAGCACCUGCUGAAGGCUGGCUGUGACCUGGAUGUCAGAGACUUCCGCGGGAACACCCCGCUCCACAUUGCCUGCCAGCAAGGCUCGCUCCGCAGCGUCAGCGUCCUCACGCAGCACUGCCAGCCCCACCACCUCCUCACUGUCCUGCAGGCCACCAACUACAAUGGACAUACAUGUCUCCAUUUGGCAUCUAUUCAAGGAUACCUGGCUGUUGUUGAAUACCUGCUGUCCUUAGGAGCAGAUGUAAAUGCUCAGGAGCCAUGCAAUGGGAGAACAGCACUACACUUAGCUGUAGACCUGCAGAACUCAGACCUGGUGUCACUUCUGGUGAAACACGGGGCAGAUGUGAACAAAGUGACCUACCAGGGCUACUCCCCAUAUCAGCUCACAUGGGGACGAGACAACUCCAGCAUACAAGAGCAGCUGAAGCUACUGACCACAGCUGACCUGCAGAUACUGCCUGAAAGUGAGGACGAGGAGAGCAGUGAAUCAGAGCCAGAAUUCACAGAGGAUGAACUUAUGUAUGAUGACUGCUGUAUUGGAGGAAGACAACUGACAUUUUAAAGCAGAGGUUUCUGUGAAAAGUGACUGUGUACAUAUGUAUAGGAAGAAAAGCCUGACUUUCUUCAUUUAAAAAGAAAGUCUAUACUCGAAGGAGAGAAAAGUACUGAGAUACUACACUGCCCAGCCAGGAGCACGUCAUGCUUACAGGUUCCUUGUUCUGACCUGUACUUAAGUAACAGGAAUGGGAUGUGUAACAUCGUUCAGAGAUCAGUGAACGUCACACCACCUGAUAAAGAGCUACGUUAUCUAAUUUUCUCUGCCACAUGAGGAUAACAGACUGCACGUCCAAUAUACUGUUAGAAAUGCAUUUGAGAGCUGCCUUGUGACACUAAGUGCUGUGAGGAGUGCUCGUCCCCUCGGUGGCAAGACAGGCUUGCACAAACGUCCCACCUGCUUGAAGACUGUGAGGUUGGCAUUAGGUUAAGGCACUGCUGUGCCUUGCUCCCUGACUCUGGCUGCUCAGGUUUGAGCUGCAGCAGGUGGAGAAGUCUGACCAUGGGAGAGGUGACCUGGCUGCUGGGAGGAAGGUAGCAAUGAUGUUAACUGUGGGCAUUGGAAACUGUAUGUUUCACACCAUGUGUGUCAUAAUUGCUACACUUUUUAGCAACUGUAUAGAAUGUAAAUAUUGUACAUUUUUGUUUAUAAUUAUUUUGGUACCUGUGAGAUAUGUAUUUAUUAAAAAAGGCAAAUUUCUGUAA